GCAGUUGUGAAUUCUGCAUUUCAACCAAACGUCUCACACGUUACGGGUGGAUAACUGAAUAGCGUUUUUACAUUCUGUCCUGAACAGUAUCACAUUUCGUACAUAUCCUUCGUAGAUUAUCGAAUAGUUUGAGAUAUUUGCGGUAAAAUAUUUAAAAGAUAUUUACGUGGAUAGAAACAUUUCGAAUUUUGACUUCAUUGUGGGUUUUCAGUAUUCCGUUUGGAGUUUCGUGUGGAUAACUGUAACGGAUUUCGAGUUAGAAUAAUUGAGUUUAAGUGAUUGAAGAAGUGUGACUUGUGAUUAUCAGUUUCAUCUAGCUUGGCGGAUAUCAUAUCAUCGCAAAAUAGUUAACAAAGUUUUGGAUUCGACGCAGACUUCAUUCCAAACCUAAAAUCGCAGAUCCUCGCAAGGAUACCAUUUUUCUUCUAUACUUUCUAUAGAUAAAUAAUUCAACAAGAUGUCAAUUUCGGAUUUCCGCAAAAAGAAGCUCCUCUACGUCUUCAAUGUUUUCUUCGAUGUCAACCAGAGCGGAGAAAUAGACUUAAAGGAUUUCGAAAUUGCCAUUGAGAAAAUCUGCUCGUUGCGAGGGUGGCCAGCUGACCAUCCGAAGAACAAGGAAACACACGAUGUUAUGCUUAAGAUUUGGGAAGGUUUAAGGCAAAAAGCUGACAAGGAUAAUGACGGUCAGGUUUCUGUAGAGGAAUGGUGCAAUAUGUGGGACGCUUAUGCUAAGGAUCCCAGUGGAGCACUCGACUGGCAACAAAGAUACAUGAAUUUCAUGUUCGACCUCGAGGAUGCCUCCAACGACGGAGCCAUAGAUGCAACUGAGUUUGCCAUCGUAUGUUCCAGCUACGGCCUAGACAAGAAAGAAUGUGAAGACGCCUUUGGAAAGAUGUCUAAGGGCGAGAAGGAAGUUACUCGAGAACAAUUCGCCGCUUUGUGGCGGGAGUAUUUCUCCGCGGAGGACCCCAAUGCUCCGGGCAAUUAUAUCUUCGGCAAGACUUCAUUUUAACAACAUUCCGCGAAAAAAAUUCAAUUUUGCUGCCACAAUAAGUAAACACAACAAAACAACACUCAAAAUUGAUAUCAACUUGGAGAAUUUGAUUGAAUAAUUGAAAGCGUCAAAUCGAGACAAAUUUAGAAGCUGAAAGUAAAGUUUGAAAAUGUAUUGAGGAAAUUUCAUAUGAGCUUCGGAAUAUGGGAAAUCCUGAAUUUCGAAAGUCAAUUUGUUUUUAAAUUUUACGAAGUAAAAAUUUCAAAUCUUAGCGAAAUUGCGACGGAAAUUAAGCAAACAUAUAUUGAAAACUUUCAUAACUAAAAAGGAUUUUAAAGUAUUUAGGGACAAUUUUCAAGAGAAAUAUAAAUUAUGAAAAAUGAAAGUAUAUCAUUACGACGAAAUAAAAAGAAAUAUGAAAUGAAAAAUAUUAAAUAUUAGAAGAAAUUCGAUGUAACGUAAAUAAAUGUUAAAUGUUUUUCAAAGUCAAACCGAAACAAAAGAAGCAAAGAAUUAUUCCUAUCAAUAACAAAUCGUUUUCCAAUUGAAAUUUGAAAUAAGGCAACGGUCAAAGCUAUUAUCUGAACUUCAUAUAUUCUAUCUCUUCCAGAAUUAUUCCUAGCUCGGUCAAUUAAACUGUUUGCAUAUGUAGUGACUCUAAGCCAAGAAAUAAACAUUUAUUCCGUGUUCUUGUUUUGUUAAAGUUGUUUCUAAGAUGGCGCGCAGCCCCCUUUAUGAAUUUCGCGAUUAUUAAAACAAAUAUUUAUAUCCAACCAUAUAUGCUGAAAGCCAUAUGAACUAAUUUUUCAGCCUUACCUCUUCCUUGAAACUUAUUUUUCCGCAAACAUAUAUAUUGUAUUUCAAAGUGUAAAACUGGAAAACCUUAGAUAAAAAUGCAUGUAAUAAAAACAGCUCCAAACUUUAA